CGCUCAAUAAUCCCUCUACGAUAAAUACCUAACAUAAGAUAGCGUGCAAUUUAAAGGUUAUAAGGUUCUAUUAUCUACAGUACACACCAUGGCGAUGCAUACGAUGUACUAGGUAAAUCCAUGUGCAUGGACAACUCACGUACGAAUGUACUACCGGCACUGUCCUUGUACGUGCGUGUGCUAAAGACACUAAAGGCAGCGCCGCAAGCACUCAAGUCUACCUGCAUGUAUGACGUUGUUAGCGGCCAAUGGCAGGUUCAUGAUAUCCUGAAUUUCUACCUACCUAACUCCCUAGCUAGCCGCAUAGCCGAUGUACGAUGUCCGACACAAUCAGCUUGAGUAGACUGGGCUUACCAUAUUCAUUUGUUUCUGUUCUUUUUUUAUUGUGUCUUCUGUUCUGUCCAUCCCAGAUCCUCAUCAUCCUGUCUCCAGUAACACCGGCUACCAUCCAAGCCGGCUGCCUUGAAUACCUAAUUACCUAUGGGAAUAUAAAUAGUCCAGCUAAUCCACUACCAAUCCCAGCCCAACUUUUCAGACUACCUACCUAGUCAAUCUCUCCGCUGGGGUUUGAGCCCUACACAUAUCCCUGGUGAGCGUUGAAGAAAGUCCCAGAGUACUUCCUCUGGUCUCUUGGUCGCAAAUAAUGAGCUCCCGCAAGGCGCUCUCCGCGUCCGAUGGCGCUGAUAUUGCAGGGCUCAAGGAGAACAUGAACGUCGACUAUGUAAUCUGCUACAGCAUACAUCCAGACAAAGCUGAGGCUGAGGCUGGCUUCAUCCAACUCAUCGAAGCACUUACAAAGGUCGGGCUUGCCACCGAGGUGCGACACGGCGAUGAUUCUUCAGUGCUAGUAUUUGUCAAGGUAGCAUCCAAUGAUUACCUGGCUUCACAAAUCUACAGAGAGAGGGUUCAAGACUGGCUCUACAGCGUGCGGACUUUCGCACCAGAGAAGGACAUCAGCAAGGCUUUCGAGAAAGAGCCCGUCACUGAAGCCGAACGACUUCGCCUGGUAUACCUGCUGAUCACAAAGCCCAAGAGUGAAGGCGGAGCUGGCAUCACACCGCAGGUAGGGCGGUGGAAGCAGGUGACGUCAAUUUUUCCUAUCCACGACGAUGCCUUCAACAAAUCUUGGAUCAAAGAAUUGAGUACAAAAUACGUUGUGGAUGACGGGGAUCUUGACCGAAUCCGCGACAAAUUUGGCGAGAGCGUAGCCUUUUACUUCGCCUUCAUGCGAUCAUAUUUUGCCUUCCAAGUAUUCCCCGCAGCUUUUGGGCUCGGGGCCUGGUUCAUUCUCGGACGAUAUUCGUGGCUCUACUCUAUUGGCACCGCUCUUUGGUCUGUCGUUUUCUUUGAAUGGUGGAAGAAGAAGGAGGUUGAUCUGGCCGUCCAAUGGGGCGUGCGCAACGUCUCUCGCAUUCAGCAUCCCCGAGCCCAAUUUCAGUGGGACUAUGAGGCUCCUGAUCCUGUAACUGGAGAACCGGUUCAGCACUAUCCACCUACAAAGAGAUUAAGAACACAGGUGCUUCAGGUCCCAUUCGCAAUUGGCUGCGUUCUCAUAUUGGGUGCACUGUAUGUUUUCUGUUUCGGAGUUGAGAUUUUCCUCACCCAAGUAUAUGACGGACCGUUCAAAUCAUACCUGACUUUUGCCCCGACUCUUAUCUUAAGCAGCGUGUUGCCAGUCCUGACGGCUAUUUUAACGAAGUUUGCCGAAAACCUCACCGAGCGUGAGAAUUACAAAACGAAUGAUGCGCACCAAGCUGCUCUCAUCACGAAAAUUUUUAUCAUCAAUUUCAUUACUUCCUAUACGCCUUUAUUCCUAUCGGCUUUUGUCUACAUGCCUUUUGGGAACUUGAUGGUGCCAUAUCUUCAGAUUUUCGCAUCUACCGCUAGGACGCUCUCUAGCGAGAAGUCGAUCGUUACCCAAGAAUUCAGCAUUAAUCCUGAUCGACUGAAAAGCCAGAUGGUCUACUUUGCUGUUACUGCACAGCUUGUUAAUGUCGCCCUAGAAUUUGUGGUUCCUUACCUAAAGAGAACCGUUCUGGGCAAGGUGAAGACGAAACGUAUAGGCCAGGGUGCUACGUCAAACCAAGACUUGCCGGAGGAGCACGAAUUUUUGCAGAGGGUCCGAGAAGAAGCAAAGCUCGAUGUCUAUGAUGUUGCUAUCGACUAUCGCGAAAUGGUUGUCCAGUUCGGCUACUUAUCUCUCUUCUCAUCUAUCUGGCCCUUGACACCACUAGCAUUCUUCAUCAACAAUUGGAUUGAGCUCCGAUCUGACGCCAUGAAAAUUGCUAUGACAAGUCAACGUCCAAUUCCCUGGAGAUCCGAUUCGAUCGGUCCCUGGUUGAAUGCCCUAGGUUUCCUGUCUUGGACAGGAAGUAUUGUUAGCUCCGCCCUCGUGUUCCUUUUCAGCGGCGAAAGUGAAGGCCCAGGUGGCGAUCCAUCAAACGUGAACGUCGUCGGCCUGUUGAUCACUCUUCUCUUCUCCGAAUUUUUGUAUCUUGGGACGCAGUAUGCUGUGAGCUAUUCCCUAGCGCAAAUAGAUAGCCCAGGUCUCCAGAAAGAAAGGGUUGCGAGAUACUCUACUCGGAAACAGCUUCUAGAGGAAACGCUUGGGCCAGACGCAAUGAAAGACACUGCCCCUCCUACCAUCGAUGCGGGAGAGAAGAUUACACUUGCCGCCCUGCAGAGGGAGGCGAAGAGCCUGUCCGAGGGCGCUAACAGCACGCCAGAGCAGAUGUAAAGUCCGCGAAGUCCGUCGUUCGUUCCAUUGAGCGUCGCUCACAUCAUUCACAGAUUUUGGCUCCGGCAACCUAGCAUGGAUUACACUAUAAAGAUUGGCAAGGAGCUUAUAUCCAGGGCGAAACCCCCAAUUCAAGCGAGUUUUGACGCGAAAGAAACAGCCAUGAGUGGAUUUAAUUUCGCUAUGAUGAGCCUAAUAGAUCACCUGGGAGAUGGGUAACGACUGAAGUACGGGAGUUCGUAUUGGCCAAUGGGUCUGUAAUUCACAUGGUUCUUAUGGCGUGUGUUCAUUACGGUGGGAGAGAAUGAUGCUAUGAGGUUUGUUGUACCGUUACUAGUCAGACUCAGGGUAAAAUAAUAGCAUUGGUGAGUUUCACACAAACUUCUAUCCGAGUCUCCGGCGAUGGGGAAGUGGGAGAGAUAGGGAGAGUCUAACGUUCGAAGUAGAUAAACGAUUCUCAUUCAUUUGA